UAAAGUUUUAUUUUGUUUUGGUUAAAAAAAAACUCUUUAGCUAAAGCUAACCCCUGAACUCAUGACACAGCUUUUUUUUCUUGAAUACAUAAUUAAUUAACCACCGGAAAUUGAUUAAAAAUGAGUUUAGACUCAUUGUUUCAACAAGUCCUUUUGACUGAACAGCAGCAGAGUGAGCAAAUACAAAAGUUAAAGGACGUCAAAGUAUCAAUUAUAAAAUGCAACGAAAAGAUCAAAAAUGCAACUGAAAAGUAUGAAAACAUCAAAGAGGAGCUAAACAAAAAGGCUCCGCGGUUGUGCAUACUCCGGCUGCAGUGUGAUUUGAUGAGGAAGACUGAGGAUUUGAUGUUGAAGCACAUCGAGGAGCUGAGCUGUCAGAGGAACCACCUGGGAGAAAGUCUAGCCAAGAUAAGGAGGGAGUCAAAAGAAGAGGAGGAACAUUUCCUCCAGGAGAUCUCAGGGUUCAACAGAGACUUCAGUCUGCAGGGGAACAAAGUGACGCUUUUGGAGAGCCAAACUCGCUCGGAGCUGCAGCUUCUGCAGAGGGAGGAGGAGGCUUUACACAAAGAGAUGGAGGCCAUGACAGCGGAGAACGACCACAUGAGAGCUGCGGCGGAGGAAAAGAACGCCCUCCUGCUUGACCUGGAGGUCGUGAAAAACACGGAAAGAGUCUCAGCAUGGCUUCUUAUUCUACCUCCGUUUGCUUUCCCACCGUCUGCAGUGAGCAGUUUCUCUGACCUGGAUGGACGCCUGAAGGAGGCCAAACUGACGACUGAAUCUCUGAAACUGGAGAGCCAGUUUGUCAGUCAGAAACAUCUCACAGACAGUACGUGUGUUAGCUCCAGGGACAAAACGCCUGCUGCUGGAUUUCAUGCGGCUCCAAAGUUUAAUCCUUUGAUGAAAAGCACAGCCUGACCAUGCUGUCCACGGAGAGCUCUGGCACUGCCUGCUGGAGUGGGGCUUUUGUGGUCACUUGCAACAACUCCAGCUUCAAACCUGCACUUCUUGCUUAAAGGAAUACAUAAAAACGACAACAAAAAGAAUUGUGAAUUGAAAAUUGCUCUGGUUUCCUUUAGCUUUCCUUGCACUCAUCUCCUGGAGGCUGAUGUACAAAUGGAAACAAAACGACCACAAGAAGAUUCUUACAAGUCCUUCUCUCCGAAAAAAGCUAGAUACCCAAUAUAAAAUAAAUCCAAUUUAAGAAUUUUUGGUUGCAUGUGAUGUGUGCGGAUGCUAGACUUGGUGUGCCGAGCAAAUCCAUUUAUGUUUGUGGAUUUAAAAAUGAGACAGUCUGUCAGCAUGUGAGUUAUUGGUUUAAUUUUCCCCUUUACGAGGCUGUAAAUGAAUGCCAUUUGAAGAAUGCGCCCAAGGCUCAUAAACGUGUCUGUAUUGAGACAGCAGAUCUAGUUAAGCUCAUUUGAUGUAAAGUGAGAUGAAGACGAAGAAACGGAAAUAUUGUUUACAUCCCUCCGUAUCAUUUCUGAUAAAGAAUCUUUGUCAUAAA